ACAAGGGCGAGGGCACCGCGGGGUCCUGGCCGGCCAAAGGAGGCUCGCAGAAGCAGCAGCCCGCUGACCGACCGCAGCUGGAUUGUGAAUAUCGAUCCAGGAGAUUAUCAGUUUCAGAAAUUGAUUGGAAAGACACUGGGUCUGCCACUAACAGCCAUGUAACCUUGGAUAUGGAAGAAAGCAGUAGCGUUGCCAUGUUGGUGCAAGAGAUUGGAGAACAGGAGGCUGUGCUAACUGCUGAAGGCAUCCUCAGCCCUUCCACUGAAGCUGACCAACAAAGAAAAGCUAACGCAGACCCAUUGGUCCACGUCAUCCAGAAAUUAAGCAAGAUAGUGGGGCAUGAAAAGUCACAAAAAUGUCUUCUGAUUGGGAAAAAGCGCCCACGUCCAAGUGAGACAGCACACUCUCUUGAAAACCUAGAAAACUGUGAGAUUCCAGCUAAAGCAGCCGAGUCUCCUGCUGCUGGGGUUAGGAAAGCCGAGAUGUCGCAGGCAAGUUCCACUUUUGCCUCAAAUGAUGGGAAGGCUAUGUCCUACCAGUGUAGCCUUUGUAAGUUCCUGUCAGCAUCCUUUUCUGUGCUGAAAGAGCAUGUCAAGCAGCAUGGGCAGCAGCACGAGGCGAUGCUCAUGUGCUCAGAGUGCCAUGCCACCUCCAGGAGCCAGCAGGAGCUUGAAGCACACGUGGUGAGUGAGCACGAGAACAGUGCCAGCAGCCAUGCCCGGUCCAGCCCCUCAGGUCAGGGAGCCACAGAAAGAAAGAGCGAGACCAUGGUGGACAUCCCAGUGAACAUGAGCAGUCCACAGACCCAUGCUGUCCAGAGUGCAGCCGUGGCAGAGACGGGACGGAGGAAGUGGUAUGCAUAUGAACAGUAUGGCAUGUAUCGGUGCUUGUUCUGCAGCUACACCUGCGGCCAGCAGCGAAUGUUAAAGACACAUGCUUGGAAACAUGCAGGGGAAGUUAACUGCUCCUAUCCAAUCUUUGAGAAUGAAAAUGAGCCCCUUGGCCUUCUGGCUUCUUCUGUGUCUGCUGCACCUGGUGGGGUCGAUGCAGUUGUCAUUGCUAUUGGGGACAGCGAACUGAGUAUCCACAAUGGGCCAUCUGUACAAGUACAGAUUUGCAGCUCGGAGCCGCCCUCAUCUUCAUCUCCUUUAGAACCGAGCACAGAGGAGGGAGUGCACCUAAGCCAGGCAGUUACCCUGAACUCUAACGAGGAAGAAAUGCUGGAGGUGAUGUCUGAUUCCGAGGAGAAUCUGUUUGCUGACAGUUUGCUCUCGUCAGCACAGAAAAUCAUUAGCAGUAGCCCAAACAAAAAAGGUCACGUGAAUGUCAUUGUGGAACGUUUGCCAAGUGCUGAAGAAACCCUCCCGCCAAAACAUUUCCUCAUGAAUGCUGAAAUGGAAGAGGGGAAGAGCCUGAGCCCUGCUGAGGCCCAGACUGGGUGUGGAGGAGCAGGAGCUGUGUACCAUGCUGAUAAAUGUACUGUUGAUAUUGGGGGGUUGAUCAUCGGCUGGAGCAGUGCGGAGAAGAAAGACAGCGAGCUGAGUAAGGGCCUGGCUCCUGAUGAGAAUGCCCCACCAGGACGGAGAAGGACAAAUUCUGAGUCUCUCCGGCUGCACUCCUUAGCUGCAGAAGCCCUUGUCACCAUGCCAAUAAGAGCUGCUGAACUAACAAGAGCCAGCCUUGGGCACUAUGGGGACAUAAACCUUUUAGAUCCAGACACUGGACAAAGGCAGGUCAGUGGUCCAUUGGCAACAUACUCAAAAAAAAUCAUGUCUCCUCUUAAGAACUCUACAGAUGGAGUAACAAAUUUUAACCAAAGCAAUUCCACUGUGGUAGCUCUCCCAGAGGGAAGGCAGGAAUUGUCAGAUGGGCAAGUUAAGACAGGCAUCAGUAUGUCCCUUCUUACCGUAAUAGAAAAACUGAGAGAAAGGACAGACCAGAAUGCAUCAGAUGAUGACAUUUUGAAAGAGUUGCAGGACAAUGCCCAGUGUCAGCCCAACAGCGAUGGGAGUUUGUUUGGGUCCAGCGUGGUGGAAUACAUCCCAGAUGCCGAGCGGCCCUACCGAUGCCGCCUGUGCAACUACUCGAGUGGCAACAGGGGCUACAUCAAGCAGCACCUGCGUGUCCAUCGGCAGAGGCAGCCUUACCAGUGUCCUAUCUGUGAGCACAUAGCUGAGAACAGCAAAGACUUGGAAAGCCACAUGAUCAACCACUGUAAAACCAGAAUACACCAGUGUAAGCAGUGCAAAGAAUCUUUCCAUUACAAGAGCCAACUGAGGAAUCAUGAGAGGGAGCAGCACUGCCUGCCCAGCACCUUGUCAGUAGCUUCGAACGAGCCAAGAAUUUCCCGUGAUGCCGCCGAUGGAAAGUGUGUUCAGGAAGGGAACAAGUCUUCAGCCCAGAAACAGUAUAGGUGUGACGUGUGUGAUUACACAAGUACAACCUACGUGGGUGUCAGAAACCACAGACGAGUCCAUAACUCAGACAAGCCAUACAGGUGCUCCUUGUGUGGGUAUGUGUGCAGCCACCCCCCUUCCUUGAAGUCACACAUGUGGAAACAUGCAAGUGACCAGAACUACAACUACGAGCAAGUUAACAAGGCCAUCAAUGAUGCAAUCUCACAAAGCGGCAGAGUUCUGGGGAAAUCCCAUGGGAAACCGCUCUUAACCAGCAGUGAAGAGAAAACUGGCCCUACCACAGACAGUCCAGAAAACUUGGUAUCGUCCUCAGAGCUCACUUCCCAGCUGCCUGGUGAAGUUGUCGAUGCCAGCGAGCUUGAGAAACUGACCCCCACAGGCAGCAGCUCUGACGUCUCGGGAAGGAGCUGCAGCCUGGCUGCCCCGGGUACCGAGUACUGCGUGCUGCUUUUCUGCUGCUGCAUUUGUGGCUUUGAGUCGACUAGCAAGGAGAGCCUCCUGGAUCACAUGAAGGAGCACGAGGGGGAGAUUGUCAGCAUCAUCCUCAACAAGGAGCCCAGCCCAGCCCUGAAUGCCAGCUAGCUAGGAGCACGUGGGAGGGGCUCUCCGAGCUGCAGGCCAACCUCAGUGCCAUCACCAGCUCACCAGGCAUGGAAGGACACAGAGCUGUGACCCUGUGUGAGCCUCUGGCGCCCCUGCUUAGUGUCACCGUUUAUUAUUGAGAGCUUACCAUAGUCCAGAGUCUGCAAGCAGAUGAGUUGAAAAGGCUCUGCCAAGCCACACCGGUCGGCUCUACAGUGGCCGGGGCUCUGAUGAGGAAAGUGGCAAAUGGGAAAGGGCAGUUCCCACUGUCGCCAGGAUGGGCAGUAGGGAGAGGGAGGGUGACUUCCACUGUCUCCAGAGAGCAGUGGGGCUGAGGAAUGGGCUUCAUAAAUCUUUUCCUUGUGUUGAUAGGAAUUUGUCACAGACUCGAUAUAAGGUAUGGUCCUUUACUCCCUAAAAAAGGAGAGAGAUACCCAAAUCACUCCUGGAUUGUAAACAUUUGGGAAGUAAAUUAUUGUUUCAAAUUCACAGUGACUCCAUACAAGACUCAAACCAAAUCUCAGGUUCACAGAAAUGGGUGACUUCCCAGAGGUCAGCGUGAACAAACUGAGCUCACUCCUCCAGUCACACAGGUAUACACACCUUCACCACCACCGCCAGCAGUUGUCUGACAGCCUCCUCAAGAGGAGGACGGGGACUGCUACUGCAUCACCUGUCCUUGAGCUAGGUGCUCACCUGCUUACCCAAGCACAUGUAGCUUGAGAGCCAAAGUAAGAAGCUUUGGGGAGGCUGGGUGUGGUAGCACAGGCUAAAAUCUACAGGUGUUCUGAGCAGGGGAUUGCAGGUUUGAGGCUAACCUGGGUUAGCAGAACUGGGCCUCAUGAGGUUAAAAAGAUCACUUGGAGAAUGAAGCUGAGAGUCAGGUGCCUAAAAAGCAGCAGGGCUGUUACGGUUUCCUCUCCUGGGAGUUAUGAGGUUGGUUACAGCUUACAGUACAACCCAGGUGACUGAAGGGUGGUGAAACUUAAGUCUGUCUUAAUAAGAGACGCGUGGGCUUCAUAUAGUCAGGAGGCAGACAGGUAGAUUUCAGAGUUUGAGGCCAGCCUCGUCUACAUAGCAAGUUCCAGGCUAGCUAAGGCUUCAAAAUGAGAUCCUGUCUCAAUAAAUCAAAAUAAUUUUUAAAAGGACUAGAGGGAUGGCUCAGCAGUUAAGAGCACUGGCUGCUCUUCCUUGGGAUCCAGGUUUGACUCCCAGUAACCAUAUGUGACUUACAACCAGCUCUGGGCAAUCUGGUAUACUCUGGCCUCAUCAGGCACCAAGCACACAUGUGGUACACAGACAUAAUUCACGCAAAACAUUAACAAAAAGUUAAUUUUCUAAAUGGAAUUUUGGUGAGAACUUUGAAAACCUGGAGAUAUGCAUAGCAGUUGAGUACGGAUGUACAUCUAGCCACAAGAAAACAAACUGCAGCAAUUUCUUGUCAGAAACACCACUGGGCAAGUAGCUAGUGUAUUUCUAAAAGAAUCCAUUUGUUAGUGUGCAAGAAAAUAUACUGAGAAACUAGCUCAGUAUAUUUGUGCUAAAGUUGGCACCACACAGACGUGACCUCAUUAGUCCCAUGGUUUGUGCCAUCAUUACUUGUGAGGCUGCAGCAAACAGGGUGCUGUUCGUGUAGUUCUGAUCACUUACUGUUCCGUUAAAGCUGACUUUUCAGUGCUGUUAAUGUAGGUGUUCUCUACACACCCAGAGUCAGGGGCAGCUCAUGGAAGGACAGUUGGUGGGUGUUCACAAGCUUUACAGCCUGUGUUCCGAGGUGAGGUGUUCAGAAAAUGAGUUACUAACUCUGACGUUGUGUUGGAAACUGUAGCAUGGGGCCAGGCAUGUGGAAACACUUUCUGAUUUCUUUUAUGUUUUUCUACCAUUAAUUUUGAUGACACUAUUUAGAGAAAAUGGACUAAAAUUUUUCCACUCUCUGAUUUUAGGUAGCUUUUGUGGGGAGUCUGGGAGAAGAGUCUUUCUGUAUAGUCCUGGCUGUCCUAGAACUCAUUAUGAAGACUAGGCUGGCCUCAAACUCAGAAAUCCAUUUGCCUCAGCCUCCCAAGUGCUGGGAUUAAAGGCAAUAGACAUCACACCUAGCCCCGGGAGGCUUAAUUUAUUUGUGAAAGUUAAUUCAUUUCUGAUGUGGGUUUUAAUAAGAAAGUGAAUUUAUAGAUACUAAUUCAUUUCCCCUGAAUUUACUCUAUAUGGACUUAGAUGAAUUUUCUCAUAUUUUCACAAUUAAAACAUUUACAUUUAAUGCCAAAUGCAAAAAAUUUCAUGCUUUCAUUUUUAUCACCCAUUCCUGUUGUCCCCACUAGAUCUGGUUUUCAUUUUGCUGUUAGUCUGAAGAGUCAUAGCCUUCAAUGAACUUUCUGUGGCUUUAAUUUUCCACAAUUGGUUAAAAAUAGUACUCACCCAAAACAUCCUACCAUUUCAGCAGGAUGGCUCUUCAAAAGACGCUUCUGAGUUCCUUCAAACCACAUGAUUGCAAUCAUGAGUGUAAACUUUCCCCCACCCUACAGGGAAAAACUAAUAACCCAAAGGUUCAAAGCCUUCACUCUGUCAUCUGUUCCUAUGAGUGCUCCGGCCUGGACAAGGGACAGAGUUUCUGUACCCUGCACAUUCUGCUGGCAUCUUACAGCAAGUCUUACCAAGAAGCAAUAUUCAGAAUAACAGAAGCAUGUAUGUAUGGUUGUCAUCCCUGGGGAGAUUCUUACCCAGUUAGAGUCACUGGUCAGAGGAGCGUACUGACCACUGCUCUAAGCUUUGGCAUGGGAAACCCUGAUUUUUGUCUCCUGCUCUGACCACCUACGCUUCAAAGAGCAAAUGGGGAAUACUGCUUUAAAACAUUUACUGCAUUCAGUAAACAUAAGAUGGAGAGGUGGCAGUUGUGAUCUUGAUAAAUAUCAUUUUGUCCCUUGCUGUGAUCAUAGGACUCUGGCAGGUGCCCUCUCUGGCCUGUCAGCCAUGUGCUCAUUCACUUUAUCUGUGGCUCGACCAUAUGCAGCGACACCAGCUGAAGCUUCGGCCCUGGACCUCUCCGUCCUGUUUGAGGUUUCCAUUGGUGGCUUUGUAAUUACAGAACAAGCGUGAGCAUCAUGUUUACAUCACAUCUCUGCAGCAUAGUUGGCUGGACAGAGAUGAGCAAGCUUCUCUGUUUCCGUUUCAUAAGCCCUUAUCUAAUCCAUUUCUUAAUUGUGCAGCAAGGUGCUCAAGGUAAUAGUCUAUGAAUAUAUUUAAUAGAAACUUGAGUUUGACAUUCAUGGGCAUAAAGACAUGUAUUUUUUUUUUUUAAAGAAAUAAGUAUUGUGUGUGUGACACUAUGGCUUUGCUUCUGUAGCCCAAGUAAAGAAACUUCUAGGACACCAUGUAUAAAAGCAGCAGUUGAUUCUGACAGUUCAUUAAAACUGGAUAAUUGGCAUUUGGUUACGUUCCUUUGCACAUCAAACUGCAAGCCUUGUUUGUGGUAGAACAGGCCGCCUGUUAGAAGAGUGCAAGAAGCUCUCUGCACCUCUUAAUUUUCAGAAGAACUGUCCAAAAUUAGAGUAAUUUAUUUUGCUUUACAGGAGUUUGUCAUGUAUUGACUUAAAUAUUGUAUUUUGGUAAUAAAUUUUUUUGUUUAAAAACA